AUGCCUGAAGAAAUGGAGACAGCGCCCGCAGAGGUGGAGACCUUCGCCUUCCAGGCGGAGAUCGCCCAGCUCAUGUCAUUGAUCAUCAACACCUUCUACUCCAACAAAGAAAUUUUCCUCCGUGAGUUGAUCUCAAAUUCCUCCGACGCCUUAGACAAGAUCCGCUAUGAAUCACUUACGGACCCCUCAAAGCUUGACAGUGGUAAGGAAUUGUACAUUAAAAUCAUUCCUAACAAGAGCGAGGGAACCCUUACAAUUAUUGAUACCGGUAUUGGUAUGACAAAGGCUGACCUCGUGAACAACUUGGGUACCAUCGCUAAGUCUGGUACUAAGGCGUUCAUGGAAGCGUUGCAAGCCGGAGCUGACAUCAGCAUGAUUGGUCAGUUUGGUGUGGGUUUCUACUCCUGCUACUUGGUAGCCGACAGGGUCACAGUACAUUCCAAGCACAAUGAUGACGAGCAAUAUGUGUGGGAGUCGGCAGCGGGUGGAUCCUUCACAGUCCGCCCUGACCAAGGCGAGCCCCUCGGACGCGGAACUAAGAUCGUGCUCCAUGUUAAAGAGGACUUAGCCGAAUACAUGGAAGAACACAAGAUCAAAGAAAUCGUCAAGAAACACUCGCAAUUCAUCGGCUACCCCAUCAAGUUGGUAGUAGAGAAGGAACGUGAAAAGGAACUGUCUGAUGACGAGGCUGAGGAAGAGAAGAAAGAGGAUGAGAAGGAAGACGAGAAGCCUAAGAUUGAGGAUGUAGGAGAAGACGACGAGGAGGACAGCAAGGACAAGAAGAAAAAGAAGAAGACUAUCAAGGAGAAGUACACGGAGGACGAGGAACUUAACAAGACCAAGCCCAUCUGGACCAGAAACGCUGAUGACAUCACCCAGGAGGAGUACGGAGACUUCUACAAGUCACUGACCAACGACUGGGAAGACCAUCUGGCAGUCAAGCACUUCAGCGUUGAAGGUCAACUGGAGUUCCGCGCUCUACUGUUCGUACCCCGCCGCGCUCCCUUCGACCUCUUUGAGAACAAGAAGCGCAAGAACAACAUCAAGCUGUACGUCCGCAGGGUCUUCAUCAUGGACAACUGUGAGGACCUCAUCCCCGAGUACCUUAACUUCAUCAAGGGUGUGGUCGACAGCGAGGACCUGCCCCUGAACAUCUCUCGUGAGAUGCUCCAACAGAACAAGAUUCUUAAAGUCAUUAGGAAGAACUUGGUAAAGAAAUGUCUUGAACUGUUUGAGGAGUUGGCUGAAGACAAGGAGAACUACAAGAAAUACUACGAACAGUUCAGCAAGAACUUGAAACUCGGUAUCCACGAGGACUCUCAGAACCGCUCCAAACUAGCAGACCUGCUGCGUUAUCACACCUCCGCCUCUGGUGAUGAGGCGUGCUCUCUGAAGGAGUACGUGUCCCGUAUGAAGGAGAACCAGAAACACAUCUACUACAUCACUGGUGAGAACAGAGACCAGGUAGCUAACUCAUCCUUCGUCGAGAGGGUCAAGAAACGUGGUUAUGAAGUAGUGUACAUGACCGAGCCGAUCGACGAGUAUGUAGUACAACAGAUGAGGGAAUACGACGGCAAGACCCUCGUGUCCGUCACGAAGGAAGGCUUGGAGCUUCCCGAGGACGAGGAAGAGAAGAAGAAACGCGAGGAGGACAAAGUCAAGUUUGAGAAUCUCUGCAAGGUGAUGAAGAACAUCCUGGACAGCAAAGUAGAGAAGGUGGUGGUGUCCAACAGGCUAGUCGAGUCUCCCUGCUGCAUCGUCACGGCGCAGUACGGCUGGUCGGCUAACAUGGAGAGGAUCAUGAAGGCGCAGGCUCUCCGCGACACAUCCACCAUGGGAUACAUGGCGGCCAAGAAACACCUCGAGAUCAACCCCGACCACUCCAUCGUGGAGACUCUGAGGCAGAAGGCCGAGGCUGACAAGAACGACAAGGCCGUUAAGGACUUGGUCAUCUUGUUGUACGAGACUGCCUUGCUGUCGUCCGGGUUCGCCCUCGACGAGCCUCAAGUGCACGCGUCCAGGAUCUACCGCAUGAUCAAGCUGGGUCUCGGCAUCGACGAGGAGGAACCCAUCCAGGUUGAAGAAGGCAGCGCCGGAGACGUGCCGCCGCUAGAGGGCGACGCUGACGACGCGUCACGUAUGGAGGAGGUCGACUAA